AUGAAGACGGCUUCCUCCUCAGACAUUACCAACGUUUCCUUGCGUGGUCCUCUUGCGGACGAUGGCAACCAGACAGCCUUUUUCCAGCCCGGCUGGCAAAUAGCACUUUGGGCUAUCACCUAUUUCUUCACCGUCGUUGCCUCUGUUGUGGGCAACGGCAUCGUCAUCUGGAUUAUCCUCUCUCACCGACGGAUGAGGACGGUCACCAACUACUUUAUUGUGAAUCUGGCUCUUUCCGACCUGCUCAUGGCUGUUUUGAACACCGUGUUCAAUUUCAUUUACGCCUGCCACAACGUUUGGUAUUUUGGCGAGGGAUUCUGUCGGUUUCUUAACUUGGUUCCUAUAACAGCGAUGUUUGUGAGCAUUUAUUCUAUGACUGCUGUUGCUGCUGAGAGGUACAUGGCAAUAAUUCAUCCCUUCAAGCGAAAGCUUUCAGCUAGGAAUACCAAAGUGAUCAUAGGAGCAAUAUGGCUGGUUGCUUUCGGGCUUGCCUUCCCACCAUUCUUUUAUUCAAAAAUUAUAAUUGAUAACGGAACGACUAAAUGUAUAGUUGGCUGGCCAGAUGAUGUUGGUAAGAUGACGUAUCACAUUACAGUGAUUGUCUUGGCUUACCUGAUUCCUCUCCUGGUGAUGUUUGUCACCUACAGUAUAAUAGGAACAACUCUGUGGAACAAUUCUGUUCCUGGAGACCACGCGAACAAAGUCUACUACCAACAUCAGAUUCUGGCCAAAAAAAAGUUUGUCAGGACGAUGAUUGCUGUUGUGAUAACGUUUGCCAUCUCUUGGUUUCCUUAUCACAUCUUCUUCAUCUUGAAUUGUUUCUGGGCGGACAUCUACGAGAAGAAGUACAUUCAACAAGUGUAUCUGGCAGUAUUUUUGCUUGCCAUGAGCUCCACAAUGUACAACCCAAUUAUUUAUUGCUGUCUAAAUCAAAGGUUCCGCUCCGGUUUCCGGAUAGCUUUUCAGUGGUGCCCGUGCAUCAAAGCAACUCCCAGAGACAGACUUAACCUGACCUACCCCUUACCCUUACACAAGGAACAGCUCUCCAACUUUCGGACAAGCACUGGAACAAAUGUUUAA